AGACCCCAAGCGUGCGAAAAUUCCAAUGUCCGGCCGUCUCCCUCUUUAAUAAAGUUUGUAAAAUGAAAGAUCACCAAAUUUACGUGAUUUCCCUAGAACUAUGCGUGGUUUUGUCUCUUUCAUUUACUUUAUGUUAGUUCAAGAAUUAAUUGCUAUUUUGUGCAUAGAAAGAGACCAAGCGAAUCACAAGUAUUCCUCCUAUCUGCCUUUCUCUCUUUCAGGAAAGCUUUCAAGUGCAAAACUUUCUACAUCUAAUUCCUAGCCCCAUUUCAAGAAAGGAACCAUGUUUCGGAGAAAGCUUUGCCCCACGAAUGAGGCAAAUGAUUCUGCUAACCGUGAUGCAAAGGUUUGCGAGUUAAGGGCAGCUCUUGGACCUCUAUCUGGACGUAGUUUAAAGUUCUGCACCGAUGCGUGUCUGAGGCGACACUUAGAAGCUCGAAAUUGGAAACUUGACAAGGCAAAGAAAAUGCUGGAAGAGACUCUCAAGUGGAGAUCUACCUAUAAACCAGAAGAAAUUCGUUGGCAUGAAGUAGCACAUGAAGGUGAAACUGGCAAAGUUUCCAAAGCCAAUUUCUGUGACCGACUAGGGGGAACCGUACUUAUAAUGAGGCCUGGGAAACAGAAUACAUCAUCUCCAGAAGGUAACGUUCGUCAUCUAGUCUAUCUGUUGGAGAAUGCAAUCCUUAACCUACCAGAAGGCCAAGAACAAAUGUGUUGGUUGAUUGACUUCAGCGGAUGCUCAUUAAACACCAACAUUUCCAUUAAAAUUGCACGCGAUGUCAUUUACCUUUUGCAGAAUCAUUACCCCGAGAGGCUUGCUAUAGUUGUUCUGUAUAGUCCUCCUAGAUUUUUCGAGGCAUUUUGGAAGGUUGUAAAGUACUUUAUUGAUGCAAAAACAUUUGCGAAGAUAAAGUUUGUGUAUCCGAAUAACAAAGAGAGCACGGAGUUGAUGAAGAUAUUUUUCGAUGCUGAAAACCUUCCAAGAGAGUUUGGGGGAAAAGCCACAUUGCAUUACGAUCAUGAAGAAUUUUCCAGAUUGAUGGCUAAGGAAGAUGUUAAAACUGCUAAAUUUUGGGGCUUUGACGAUUUGCCAUCCCAUGUUAAUGAUAAUAUUGGACGCUCCAUAAUGCCUGUGCCAGUGAGUGUUGCAUCAGCUGCAAGCUAACCAUACUUCACUUGUCUAUAAUAGCAACUCCUAGUGUACGGCUUAAACAGUGUAUUAUGUUGUGCAUCUUCAAUGCUUUAAAAAGCAAUCCCUAUGUUUAAUUCAGUUCUUCGAUAAUUCCAUAUAUAGUUCGAUCGCUCCUAAAAUAAUGUUUAAGUAUGAUAGUA